AUGCCGCCCCAAAUAAAACAGGACCUCAACCGCUCAGGCUGGGAGUCGACCGACUUCCCGUCCGUGUGCGAGAACUGCCUGCCCGAGAACCCCUACGUCAAGAUGCUCAAGGAGGACUACGCUGCCGAGUGCAAGCUGUGCACGCGGCCCUUCACCGUCUUCCAGUGGUCCGCCGACCGCGCCCACGGCCGCAAGAAGCGCACCAACGUGUGCCUGACCUGCGCCCGCCUCAAGAACUGCUGCCAGUGCUGCAUGCUGGACCUGUCCUUCGGCCUGCCCAUCGUCGUGCGCGACGCCGCCCUCAAGAUGGUCGCGCCCGGCCCCCAGUCCGAGAUCAACAGGGAGUUCUUCGCGCAGAACAACGAGAAGGCCAUCGAGGAGGGCAGGGCUGGUGUUGAGGAGUACGAGAAGACGGACGAGAAGGCGCGCGAGCUGCUGAGGAGGCUGGCGCAGAGCAAGCCGUACUUCAGGAAAGGCAGGACCGUCGAUGAGGAGGGCAAUGCGACUGGCGAAAGCUCCAGGAGCGCAACUGGUGGUAACCCUGUGGUGGGAGCUGGUCUGGGAGGCGCCGGUCCCAUCCGGUCGCGGGACUCAAGGGCUGCUGGCGCUGUGGGCGCAAGACCUGGAGGCGGCAGGCCAGGAGGACCUAGGAAAGGCGCGUUCCCCUCCGCAGCGCAAUUACCACCCGGACCGAACGAUUGGAAGCCACCUGCCGACAAGAAUAUCAUGUCGCUAUUUGUUACAGGCAUCGAGGACGAUCUACCGGAGCACAAGAUUCGCGACUUCUUCAAGGCACAUGGCAAGAUCAAGUCGCUAGUGUGCUCACACAUGUCGCAUUGCGCAUUCAUCAACUACGAGACAAGGGAGGCUGCGGAGAAGGCAGCAGAGGCUUGCCAGGGCAAGGCCGUGAUCGCAGGGUGCCCGCUGCGUGUGCGGUGGAGUCAACCAAAGGCAGUCGGCAACAUGAACCGCGAGGAGCGAUCCGAGAUGCUGAGGGACGGCAGGUCAGCAUUCCCGCAGGCGAGGAGGGCACAGGGAGGACAGAAGGCUGUCCAAGGCGGCGGCGCGGACGGAGCAGGUGCCAGCGGUGCCCAGCAAGAUGAUCUUGCAAAUCUGGCUGUGGCCGCACCGCCUGGCGCAUCCGAUGUCAACUACGCCAGUCUGGCUGGCAACUAA